AUGAGAAGAUCCAGAAGUUCCAUAACUAAUCUGGAACAUAUCUUGAAUCUUGAAGUACCCACACUUUUCAAAGCCUCUGAAAGUGACAAGUCAAAUAGUGGAUCACCAUCUCAAUCCCUUGAUGAAACUCAAAACAAUGAGUCAAAUGAUGAAGAAGAUGACAAUACUGAAGAUGUUGUAGUGAAAUCAGAAGCUACAGACAAUCACCCAAGCCCAGCCAGUUCAGCAGAUACAUCUGAUCACAUUAGACUAGCUGAGAACUUGAAAUGCAACUACUGUACAUUUGUAGCUAAGGACAACACAAGACUUUCAAGACAUCAGACUUGCCAUACGGGUAGUGGAGACGGAAGACAACAAGCCAAGAAACAAAGAUUCAAAUGUCCAUAUUGUCCACAAUGUUUUGAAAAUUUGACCAAGUUUAGCCUCCAUGUUUCAUGUCAUCCAGGGCUGAUCAAAUAUACCCUCCUGACGUGUAAACAGUGUGACUUCAACUCUAAUCAGAAACACAACAUGCUGCGGCACAUUGAAACCAGAUGUUCUGUUAAGAAAUUUGGAUGUGAGAGAUGUUCAUUUACAUCUGUUCAUCGAUCUAAUGUUCAGAGACAUGUGUUCAGAGUUCAUGAAAAGUAUCGUUAUAAGAUCUGUAAAUUAUGUGGAUACCGAACAUUGAGUAAUGUGCUAAUAAGACAACACAUACAAGACAAACAUACUGAUGCCACUGAUGAAAGUUUGAUGCCAAGACCUUCAUGGAAAUAUGCUUGUGUGGAAUGUCAUUUGAAAAUGGAUGCUGGCACUAAAAUGAAAUGUCACAUUGGGCGUCAUUUUAAUUACAAGCCUUAUGUUUGUGAAACAUGUUCAGCAGAUUUUGCUUCGCCAGAUGAAAUGAGAAAACACAUCAGAAGA